AUGAGCUGUGAGGUUCACUACGAUGCCGCUUCGCGGACUUGGUUUGGCCCCCGGGGCAAGGACUUCUACGGUCCGGAGAUGACCCUGGGCGAGGUCAUCAUGCGGGUGAUGCAGAUCAACGCCGAUAAGGUGAUGCAGCACUGCGAUCCCACGGGGAAGGAGCUCACUGGAAGCCAGCUGGCGGAGCAGAGUGCCCGAGUAGCCCAGACCUUCAAGAGGUUGGGACUGAGGAGGGGCGAUGUCAUCGGGAUCUCGGCGAAUAACUCCACCUUUCUAACUAGUGUCGUCAUCGCGGCUUUAUUGAGGGGAAUUCCCAUUAACCCAUUGCAUCCGGAGUUUACAGAGGAAACUGUGAAGUACAUGUAUGACAUUACCGAGCCAAAGAUUAUCUUUUGUGAUGUGGAGAACUAUCAUAUAAUUAAGACGGUCAAUGAGAAACUAAAAAAUCCCGCCAAGAUUUAUCUGAUCAAUGGAAAAUUGGAAGGAGUGCUGGAUAUUAGUGAUCUGCUCAACGAGGAUGAGUGCAUCACAGCUGCGGCAUAUGUACCCUGCCCAAAAUUACACGGUGAUCACACGGCGUUUAUUGUUUGCUCCUCGGGAACUACUGGAAUGCCCAAGGGUGUGACCCGAUCCCAUCGCAGCUUACUCUGCAAUUGCAAAAAUCCAAAUACCUACACCAGAGACAGCGUGCUGCUAUCGUUCAGUCCGCUUUACUGGAUAUCAGGAACCAUUAUUCUUUUGGCCUCACUUCUAAAUGGCUGCAAGCGCAUCAUAACCAAUCGGCCAUACAGUGUGGAGUACCUCCUCCAACUGGUCGAAACGCACAAGGUGACCUUCCUGUUCUUGGCCUCCCACCAGAUUGCACUGCUCUCCAAACACGACAGGGAUCUGGUUCAGCUGAAGGCUCAGCUCCAAUCCGUACGAGUUCUAAUUGGAGCCGGAUCCAAAGUGUGUAAGGCAGUGGCCCGGAGAAUGUACGAGCUGAUUGGAAGCCAGAGGUUCGUAGUGGGCUAUGGACUUUCUGAGAUGGGAGGUCUGAGCAAGAAUGUGGGAGGACCUCUGGGCUGCGAGGGCAAGGUCAUGCGAAAUGUGGAGUUGCGAGUGCUGGACAAACUGAAAAUGCCGCUGGGCAUCAAUGAAGUUGGAAUUGUCUACGCCCGUUUGCGAUACAAGUGGGAGGGAUAUUACCGAAAUCCAGAGGCCACAAAGAGAGCCCUCAGCUCGGACGGAAUGUGGUUCCGAACCGGAGACAUUGGCUACCUCGAUAGCGAGGGCCACCUGUACAUCCAGACCCGUGACACCGAUGUCUUCAAGUUCAGCAACUUCCAGAUUUAUCCCGAGCAGAUCGAGGAGUUUAUCCUGAGACUGCCCGGAGUGAGUGAGGCCUGUGUCUUUGGUAUCCCGGAUGCGGUGGCCACCAAUCUCACUGCCUGCGCCGUUGUUCGAACUAAAAGUUUGGAAGGAGAGCGACUGACGGCAGAACAAAUCCGAACCAAAGUGGAAAGGCAUUUAAGCGGAGCCUAUCACAUUCGAGGAGGUGUCUUCUUUGUGGACGGUCUACCGAAAACCCCCAAUGACAAGCUGCAGAGACGAAAGGUUCUCGGACUUAUCAAGGAACUCCAAAUUGAAGCUCAGUAAAAAUGUUUUAGUAAUUAUUAUUCGUAAAAGUACAAGCGACUGAAAUUCAAUAAGUGGAGCAGCCGAACCUAAAAGUAAUUUGUUUAUUGGAAA